AUCCCAAUCCAGCUGUGUCUCGAGCGACGGACGUUUUUUUUGUCCUUUUUUUCAUAUUACUUGUCUAUUCACGCCGAAAAUUUCAACUCCGCCCACCGUUUUACUCUCUUUAUCCAUUGGGAUCCGUCUCCGAAAAACUAGGGCGUGGAAGAAAAGAACCCUAAUUAACCCUCUACCCCUUCUAGGUUUUAAGGCUCAAAUUCCUAGCUCUUGGAUUCGAAACCCUCGAAAGGCUGAAGCCUCGGGCAUGGAGUCCAAGUCCGCGGGGCGCUUCACCUUGGGAAAGCUGUCCUCCCUAGCGCCGGAGCGCGAGGGGGAGCCGCAGGCCGGCCGGCCGGAGGACUGUGACAGGCUGGAUGUAUCGGAGGAGAUCGAAUCGGACAUUCGCCUCAUGUACCUCGCCAACGAGGGCGACGUGGCGGGAAUCCGGGAGCUUCUGGCGUCUGGGGUCGACGUGAACUAUAGGGAUAUCGAUAGGCGGACGGCGCUCCACGUCGCUGCGUGCCAGGGUCUCCCCGAUGUUGUUCAAUUGCUGAUCACGAACGGCGCUGAGGUGGACGCGGAAGAUCAGUGGGGAAGUACGCCACUUGCAGAUGCAAUACACUACAAAAAUCAUGAAGUGAUCAAGCUAUUGGAGAAGCAUGGUGCUAGGCUUCGGAUUGCUCCAAUGCAUGUUAAGAAUUCCCGUGAAGUUCCAGAAUAUGAGAUAGACCCCAGGGAACUUGAUUUCACAAACAGUGUCUGGAUAACUAAGGGAACAUUUUGUAUAGCAACAUGGCGUGGAAUUCAAGUCGCAGUUAAAAGGCUUGGUGAAGAUGUAAUUACUGAUGAAGAUAAAGUAAGGGCAUUUAGAGAUGAGCUUGCAUUGCUUCAGCAAAUACGGCAUCCAAAUGUAGUCCAGUUUCUGGGCGCUGUCACUCAGAGCAGUCCAAUGAUGAUAGUCACAGAAUAUUUGCCCAAGGGUGAUCUUCGUGACUUUUUGAAACAAAAGAGAGCUUUAAAGCCAGCACUGGCAGUUCGAUUUGCACUUGAUAUUGCAAGAGGAAUGAAUUACCUGCACGAGCAUAAACCAGAUGCCAUUAUUCAUCGUGAUCUUGAGCCUUCAAAUAUCUUGCGGGAUGAUUCUGGGUGUUUAAAAGUAGCGGAUUUUGAUGUCAGCAAGUUGAUAAAGGUGGCGAAGACUGUUAGAGAGGAUAGACCAUUGACAUGUCAAGACACUGCUUGCAGGUAUAUGGCUCCGGAGAUCUUUCGGAAUGAAGAAUAUGAUAUGAAAGUGGAUGUCUUUUCAUUUUCUUUGAUUCUACAAGAGAUGAUUGAAGGGUGCCCUCCUUUUUCACAUAGACAAGAAAAUGAAGUUCCAAAAGCAUAUGCCUCUAAAGAAAGGCCACCUUGUAGAGCUCCACUGAAAUUAUAUGCGCAUGGACUAAAAGAGUUAAUUGAGCAAUCUUGGAGUGAGAACCCUGUUGACAGACCCACAUUCAGAGAGAUAAUUGAUCGGUUAAGCAUUAUUCAGAACCAAAUCACUCAUAAGAAGCAUUGGAAGGUGAGACUCUUGAAAUGUUUCCAGCACCUAGAGAUGUUUAAAAAAGACCAUUCUGACCCAAGCAGCCGUUCCUCUCGCUCAUCUCGUUCUUCUGAUUUCUUCUAGCGGGAAUUUUAAUGGUCACGGUAGAAGUUGAUUGUCUGUAUGCUUGCCUGAUCCGAGGUAAGUUGUCAAUAUAGGACAGAGAGACAGUCUUUUUCUUUUUUCUUUUUUUAAUUAGCCAAUAAUGUGGUGGUAUCUCUUGCUCAAGGUUUGAGUGUAGGUUGUGAGUGGGUCUUAUAUUUGAUUACAGGGAUUCAUCUCUUCAUGUAAGAUGAUUCCCUUUGUUACAAAAUGAAUAAUGAACAGCACGUAGCCAAUGAAUUUAUGUACAAGAACCUUGUGAUGUUUUCUGGUUCUGAAAUGUCAAAAUAGUCAUGGUAGUGUCAACACAAAAUGUUUCCA